UUUAAUCAUAAGAAGGUGAGAGAAAAAAUCUACAGAAGCAGCGUACGUGGAACUUGUUUGACGCCUCAAAAACCGAAAUGACACGGCGAACAUAGAGGUGGUACCCUCUUUCAGGCCUAAGACGAAGAGCGCGGGUGAGGUUGCAGACAGGAGUGAACCUGAAGAGUCAUCCCAGCUCAGGCACGCUGGAAGAUAACAUACCCAAUGGAACCAGAGAGGUACAGUCCGCGGUGGCAGGAAGGAGAAGCUAGUGCAGAUUUGGAGGAGUACGGUGCUUCCUCUGAUAUGAGCUACAUCAUGGACCCAUCGUCCAGAGACUGGAGCGAAGGCUCAUUGAGGGGUAGCGGUGCUCCCUUCUCCCCAGACACAGAUGGGGACGUUGAUGGAGAUCCUGUGCAGCCCAGUGUGGACCUGGAACUCGCUCGUAAGAAGAAGGAGCUGGCGGUCAUAGAGGAGAAGAUAGCGCGCAAGAAAGCUGUUCUUGCUACACGACAGCUUAAACUCGGAGUUAAGGACAUGCCUAAAAAACAGACUGCAUCCACAACAGUGAAGGGCAUGUCUAAACAGACCAAGAUGAACAAUACAAUAUUCAAAACAUACAACAAUGUCGCCGACAGGUUGUCGCGCGUAUGCCUACCUCUUAAACGGAGGGUGCUGGACAUUCUGAGUAAGGAUACCCCUGCCAAGCUGAAGAAACAAAACAAGAUGCGAGCGUUGGAGCUGAUGAUUAGCGCUCCCCUAGAAAAUGAAGAGGCCCGUCCUCUGAGAGUGAAGGCUUUAAUGAACCAGCGACGCUAUCCCGACAAUGAGGAGGUGGUCCCUGAUGAUAAACUGCAUAAUCCAACCAUUCAGAGGCCAGUUCAUUCACUCAGGACACAGGAGCAAGACAAAGCAGCCACAGGCUUCCAGCGCUUCCUCAAUGUCCUCAAUGAAGGGGUGGACAUCAACAAGCUCUCAAAGAUCGUCAACGACGAAAAUGAGUUACUCAUUGUGGGCGAGAAGCUACCACAAGUUUGGCCGUCUCUGCCCGAGGGUCAUGUUGACUCCAGCAGUAGAUCCAAGUCUUCUCCAGUUGAGGAGAAGAAGGUGAGGCUUGAGGAUGAGCAGCAGUACGAGCAGAUGCAGACCCUGCUGGAGAUCGUUGGGCUGGACUUGGGGGUUGAGGAGUUGGGUCAGCUGACAGACAGGACCAAUGACAGGCUGUAUGGGAAGAUGGGAGACUUGAAAAUGAAGGAGUUCAAGAAUGAGAAGGGAAAAGAGAAAAAGGAGAGCGAGCCUUCAUUUAAACAUCUCAGUACUUCCUCAUUACCAUCAGACAGCGCCAGCCCUAGCCCCCUUCUAAACCAGCACUCAAACAUGACCGUUGAAUACAGCAGCUCUAGUAACAGGGUAUGGGACAUAGAGAGACACAGGGACAGAUCUGAGAGGGACUGCCACCGACACUCUGGUACCAGAGACAAGGAAAGAGAGAGGGAGGAGGAUAUAGUUAGAGAAAUGGACAGAUCUGAAAGAGAUGGAGAGGGAGAUGGACACAGACACUCUAGUACCAGAGAGAGAGACAAGAACAUACCAGUAGUCAGAGAAACUAAGAGAUCAGAAAGAAAUGGAGAGAAAGACGGGGACAGAUCUGAGAGGGACAGGGACAGAUCUGAGAGGGACAGGGACAGAUCUGAGAGAGACAGGGACAGAGACAGAUCUGAGAGAGACAGGGACAGAGACAGAUCUGAGAGAGACAGGGACAGAGACAGAUCUGAGAGAGACAGGGACAGAGACAGAUCUGAGAGAGACAGAGACAGAUCUGAGAGAGACAGGGACAGAUCUGAGAGAAACAGGGAAAGGGAUGGAUCUGAGAAACACAGGGAAAGAUCUGAGAGAGACAGGGACAGAGACAGAUCUGAGAGGGACAGAGACAGAUCUGAGAGAGACAGAUCUGAGAGAAACAGAUCUGAGAGACACAGGGAAAGAUCUGAGAGGCACAGAGACUCAGAGAUCAUCGGGGACGGAGGCCGAGAGACAAACAGUGACCGAUCUGAGAGAGACCAGGUCAGAUACAGAUCUGAGAGGCACAGGGACAGAGAGAGGUGCCUGCAAAGGGACAGGGACAAACAUUCUAGGACCAGAGACUGGGACAGUGAGAGCAACUGUGACAGCCACUAUAGUACUAGAGACUGGGACAUAGAGAGAUCUGAGAGGGAUUGGUAUGGAGAUGAGUCCAGGGAAAGCUCCAUUGAGCUCUACUCAUACUCCAUGGACCCUAUAUACCCUGUUUCUCAUCCUCCUCGUGCAUCUAUGAUGGCAACCUACUCCCCCACCCAGUACUCUCACUAUAUGGCAUACCGCAACAGCCCCUACACCAUUGCCUUCCCUCCAGGGUGGGGUUAUCCUCAUGGUACUAUGCCCCCUGGUAUUAUGCUCCCUGGUACCAUGCUUCCAGGUAUUAUGCUCCCUAAUACAAUGCCACCUGGAAUCAUGCCUGCUAGUGCCAUAUCGCCUGGUAACAAGCCCCUCCUACCUAACCCCCCUGGGGAUUCACCCUACCCCAGCUCCCCCCCAUAUUACUCUAAUGGAACCACAUCCUUAAACCAGACAUACGCAUACACCCAGCCUGCUAGCAACCUCCAGCUCACAUCUACCCAGCCUGCUACUAGCAACCUCCAGCUCACAUCUACCCAGCCUGCUACUAGCAACCUCCAGCUCACAUCUACCCAGCCUGCUACUAGCAACCUCCAGCUCACAUCUACCCAGCCUGCUACUAGCAACCUCCAGCUCACAUCUACCCAGCCUGCUACUUGCAACCUCCAGCUCACAUCUACCCAGGCUGCCAGCACUGCAGCAGUCUUGCCUCUCCUACGUAACCCCCCCAUUUGUCACAAGAAACAUGCUCCCUGGAAUAAAGAAAAAAACCAUACCCUGAAGCAAGUUUGCAGACAAAUGGAACGGAAAUGGCGCUCCACCAAAUUGGAAGUCUUCCGACUAGCUUGGGAAGACAGUAAAGCGCAUUAUCGAAAAGCCCUCACUGCUGGUCGAUCAGCCUACUUUUCCAACCAGACUGAAGCGGAUAAAAACAAUCCAAAAUGUAUUUUUGAUACUGUCGAAAAGAUAACUAAAAAGCAGCAUUCCCCAUGUGAGGAUGGCCUUCACUUCACCUAAGCAAUUACAUCCUGCCUGGUUGGCCCUGUCUGGGGGUAUCAUCGGACUGGGCCACAUUAUCUAAGCACUGAGUUCUGUCUAAGCACUUUGUGACAUUUACUGAUGAAAAAAGGCUUUAUAAAUAAAUUCAUUUGAUUGAUUGAUCUUAACUCGGAGAUACACAUACAUCCAACCCGCUAGCAACCACCAUCUUCACAUACACCCUGCCCGCUAGCAACCACAAGGGACAGAAGCAUGCAGAAGCCGUAGCGAAAGUGAAAAGAAUUAACAUGGAAGAGACAGAAACAUGCAGAAGGGGAAAAAUGCGAAAGUGUCCUUUCAGAUGGUGACAAAGAAGUCCCCCUCUGAACCGGGAUGAAUGAAGAGAGCAAAGGGGGUAAACAAUAUAUUCUUCACAGGUAUUUUCAUUUAGAGUUAUCACAAUCAUCUAAGGAAGCGUGUGUGUAAGAGGAAAUGGCUUUUGAAGAGGAGGAAUAAGGCUCACCAGCACAAAAUAAAGGGAUUGCUUGCAGAAGCAGCAGGGAAAGUGGCCCCUCGGGUAGCUGCAAAGGAUUUCCUCUUUGAAGAGGAGCCCAAGAUCCAGAAGGAGUAGCCGUGAAAGAUGGGGAGAAACUACGUGUUGACACAGAAGAAGUGGUUCCUCAGGGAGCUAGAUUUGUCAUGACACUAGCAAAGGAUUUGUUAUAGUUUAUCCUCAUCCUUAAAUGAUUCAUGUUGAAGCUAUUUUCAGUGUAAUGUUUUGUGUUGUGUGUGGUAUGGGUAGGACCAGGAGUUUUUCUUGACUAUGAUAUAUGCUCAGCAAACGCAUUUUCUCUCCCGUUAUAAACCAAAUAUUAAGGCCGUGGAGUUUACUUGGUCUGGUCAUGUGGUCAGGAAAAACUCCUGGCCUUGGGCAUAGUACAUGUGUAUCAAUGCAAUGGCAUGUUAGUAAGUUCUCAUGCCUGAUAGCUAAAAGCAAGAAAACUGCCCAUGUUUCACUCCCCAGUUCAGUCUAAUAGAUCGUCUUUCACUUUGUAAAUAUUUAAAUGAAUAAAAUAUUCUGUCUAAUAUUUUAA